AUGCUAACAAUAAGGCCGGAUCGGUCCAUCUGGCCACCCGCAACAACAUCAAUGUCAUCAUCGUCAUCUUCAGUAACCGCAACUACGUCUACGUCAAUGUCUAAGCCCGAAUUCGGAAUGGCCGAAACAGCGCUGAGGCAACGUUUGCACUCGCCGUCGUUAUCGCAAUCGCAAUCGCAAUCGAAAUCGCUAACGAAAAUGCUAUCGAAAUCACAGUUACAGUUGCAAGAGCAACUUGUCCACGAUCGAGAAAUAAUACCCGUGAUACCCGAAGAUGCCGAAUCGCUGGCGAACACCACCAACACGACGAAUAGCAACAGUUCGCCCGAUAAUAAUCAGUUACUAGCUAUCUGUAGUGGUGGCAACGAAUCGAUAAACAAUGAACCGAUACCGAUGCCGAUGACGACAACGACGACGACGCCGAUUGCCUCGAAUAAGUUUACUAGGAAAAGAGAACGUGUAUGCAAUAAUAGUAGUAAUAGUGCUAGUAAUAGUAAUAAUAGUAAUAAUAGUGGUAAUGGUAAUAUUAGUAAUUCUACAAGUCGAAUUUCGAACUCGGCCUUUUGUAAAUAA